UAGGUCAUCUCCUUUCAUACUUAGACACAUAUAAAUCGAUAUGAGUGCCGAGUUCGUGGCAGCUUUAAGUGAGACCUUAAAGCAGACAUUGGUUCCAGACUCCAAUGUCAUCAAACAAGCAUCCCAGAAAUUAACUAAAGAAUUUUAUACCAAUCCAAAUAUCAUCGCAGCUUUAUUUCAUAUUUUACAAAGUUCUGAAGAUAAUGAUUUAAAACUUGUUAGUGCAGUUGAAACAAGAAAGUUGGUUAUUUCUUCAUGGGAUAAAGUUGAUGAAACCACCAGUAAUCAAAUUAAAUCUAAUUUAUUACAAAUUUCAUUUUCUCAACCAACUAAAUCACUUAGACGUUCAUAUGCCAAAUUAAUUGCUGCAGUUGCUGAACAAGAAUCAAAUGAAAAUUCAUUUAAUGAAAUUUUGUCAGGUUUAAUUAAUUAUGUUCAAGAUUCAAAUGUUGAAAUUAAAGAAUCUGCAGUACUUGCUUUAUUAUCAAUUUUAGAAACUUCUCAUGAAGCUUUACAUGCUCAUAUUGGACAAUUUUUACAAUUAUUUUCAAAUUUAUUAGUUGAUCAAAGUUCAAUUGAUGUUAGAGUUAAUUCAGUAAUAUCUCUUGAUAUUCUUGGUCAAUUUAUUGAAGAUGCUGAACCUAUUGAUACUCGUUUAGCUAAUGAAUUUAAGAAUACAAUUCCAGGAAUGGUUAAUGUUUUAAAAGAAGUUAUUGCUAAUGAUGAUUCUGAUAAUGUUAAACAAAUUUUUAAUGUAUUUAAUGGAUUUGUUUAUCUUGAUAAUAAAUUAAUUGGUGAUCAUCUUAUUAAUUUACUUCAAUUUAUCGGUGAAAUUUCUGCUAAUACUGAUAUUGAUGAAGAAUAUAGAAAUUUUGGUUUACAAUUUAUAAUUUCACUUGUUGAUACAAGAAAAACCAAAAUUUCUUCAAAUAAAUUAGGUCCCCAAUUAACUUUAAUGGCAGUUAAAAUUGCUUCUGAAGAAAUUGAUGUUGAAGCUGAAUUACUGACUGAAGAAGAAGAAAAUGAAAAUGAAGAAAAUAGUCCUUCAACUUUAGCUUUAAGAUUAAUUGCUGGUUUAUCAAGUAAUUUACCAACUUCUCAAGUGGUUACUCCAUUAAUUGAAACUUUACCAUCUAUGAUUUCUUCUUCAAAUCAAUUUGAAAGAAGAGCUGGUUUAUUAAGUAUUGGAGUUGCAUCAACUGGUGCACCAGAUUUUGUUUCAAAUCAAGUUCCAAAAUUAUUACCAAUUAUUGUUACUGGUUUAAAAGAUUCUAGUCAAAUUGUUAGAGUUGCUGCUUUAAGAACUUUAACUGAAUUUACUAGUGAAUUACAAGAUAAUAUUGCAACUUUCCAUGAAGAAUUAUUACCAUUAAUCUUUGAAAAUAUUGAUUCUGCUACUUCAAUUAAAGCUUAUAAAUAUGGUUGUAGUGCUUUAGAUGGAUUAAUUGAAUUUAUGGAUCAUGAUGCUAUGGGUCAAUAUAUUGAACCAUUAAUGAAUAAAUUAUUUACUAUGUUACAUCAAGCUAGUUCAUCAUCUUUACAAUGUACUAUUGUUUCUGCUAUAGGUUCAACUGCUUUUGCUUCUGGUAAAGCUUUUACACCUUAUUUUAAUAAAUCUAUUGAAUUAUUAGAACCAUUAAUUACUCAAUCAACUAGUACUGAAGGUUUAUCAGAAGAUGAUAUUGAAUUAAGAGCUAUAACUUUUGAAAAUAUUUCUACUAUGGCAAGAGCUGUAGGUUCAGAAUCAUUUGCUGUAUAUGCUAAACCAUUAGUUGAAGCUUCUUACAAUUGUUUAAGUUCAGAUCAUUCAAGAAUUCGUGAAUCUGGUUUUGCCUUUAUUAGUAAUAUGGCUAAAGUUUAUGGAACUCAAUUUUCAGAAUUCCUUGAUCAAAUUAUCCCUAAAAUUAUUGAAUGUUUUGAACAAGAUGAAUUCACUUUUAAUGUUGAUGCAUUUGAUGAAGAUGGUGAAGAAGAAGAUCUUGAAAAUAAAUUUAAUGUUAAUACUGGUAUAACUAUUGAAAAGGAAAUUGCUGCUGUUGCUUUAGGUGAAUUAGCUAUUGGAACAGGUGCUGCUUUUACUAAAUAUAUUGAAGUUUCUGUUAAAACUCUUAUUGAACAAGUUGAAAAUUCUUAUGGUAUGAGAGAAACUGCUUUAAAUACUUUAUUUAAAAUUACUAGAGCUUAUUUUGAUGUUAUUCAAGGUAAAGAUUUUAAAGCUCCAAAGGGAGUUCCACAAACUUCUUAUGUUGAUUCUUCAGUAUUAGAAUUAAUAAAUCAAGUUAAAAAUUUUGCUGUUGAACUUUUAGCUGAAGAAUUUGAACCAACUAUGGUUGCUUGUAUCUUAGAUGGAAUUUCUGCUUCACUUAAUGAUCUUGGUUCAAUUGCUAUUAUUGAUAGUCCAAGUCAAACUUCUCAAUUAGAAAGUUUAUGUGUUCAAUUAAUGCAAUUAAUUAAGAAGGAACAUCCUUGUCAAAUUGAAGAAGAAGAAGUUCCUGAAGAUGAAGAUGAUUCUUCUGAAACUGAUGCUUUAAUUUAUGAUAGAGCCGUUGAAGUUUUAAUUUCUUUAGCUGAUGCUUUAGAAGGAGAUUUUAUUAAAGUAUUUGGUUCAUUUAAAGAUUUACUUAUUAAAAAUGUUUCUAGUAAGAGUAAAACUAUUAGAAGUACUUCAGUUGGUGCAUUGGCUGAAAUUGCUGCUGGAGUUAAAUCUACUAAUCCAUAUUCUCAAGAAUUAUUAGAAGUUUUCACUGAUAGAAUUGCUAAUGAUAAAUCAUUUGAAGUUAAAGGUAAUGCUGCUUAUGGUAUUGGUUUAAUUAUUGAAAAUAGUUCUGUUGAUCUUACGGCUGCUUAUCCAACUAUUUUACAAUUAUUAUUCCAAUUAUUAAGUAAAAUUGAUAAAAAGGCUACUUCUGUUGAUGAUGAUGAAUCUCUGGCUAUUGUUAAUAGAUCUUAUGCCAAUGCUUGUGGAUGUGUUGCUAGAUUAAUUUUAAAACAUGAACAAGCUGUUCCAUUAGAACAUGUUAUUGGUCCUUUAUUAAGUCAUUUACCAUUAGAAACUGGUUUUGAAGAAAAUGCUCCAAUUUUCAAAGUGAUUAUCAAAUUAUAUGCAUCUAACAAUGCCCUUAUUGUUAAUGAAACUCAAAAGAUUAUUGAUAUCUUUGCCAAAGUAUUUAUUAAAGAAGCUGAUAGAAUUAAAUUAGUAAAUGAAUCUACUUUAGGUAGAGAAGAAAAUCUUGAUGCCAUGAAACAAUUUGAAACUCCAGAAAUUAAAGCUGAAGUUAUUGCAUUAUUGAAAUCCCUUGAUCAAAAAUUUAACGGAGUUGUCUCAGCCAAUGAAGUCUUGAGAUCCGUCAUUGCAUAAACAUAAACAUAAUUUCUUGUUUUAUAAUAUUAUUAGUACAAUUAUUUCUUUCUUUUUUUUCCGCUUGAUUUUAUGUCCCUGUCUCAGAUUCUCUUUUAGAUUUUAAUACUAUAUUCACUUCCAGUCAUUUUCAUAUUGAAACUCCAUUGUAGU